AGGAUUUACGUCGGUUCCGGGAGACGCGUUGGCAAUUUCCUAAACACAGCUCUGUCACUUCAGUAUCAUCCGAGGCCGGCGCUGGGGAGAGGUGUGUGUAUGUGUGUUCGUUGGAUGUAACACCGACUCGAAGCAGAAGACACUCGAACACCGUUUGACAUGAGCAGGUAUUGAAAUUAACCGUUAAUAUGUCGUUAAAAUGUGUUUAAUAUUUGACCUGUUUAUGCUGUUAAGCGGCGGCUUCUCUUUCAUUGACCGAAAUGACAGCUCGAGCCCGGUUUAAAACGUUGGGCGGUUUCGAUGAAAUUACAGCUUCAUUUGACAUUUACUCUUUUUUUAUCCGUGUUUGGCGUGUUUUCUUCUCCACGAAUAGCAUAUAAAGUGUGUUGUUGGGCUUUUAGCUAGCUUCUCCUUCACUGUCUGUCAAAGCAGGCAGUGUCAGAUAUCCAGACGUUUACAGCAACGUUUAUUAGCGAGCCUUAAUUUAGAUGACAACCUGCUUCUGUAACAUAAACAUGGCCUCAUGCGUGCCAGUUUAUACAUGGAGAAUCUGUUAAUAAUGUCUGUAGUGGAUAUGGCUGGAAGAAACGCACAUUUAUUACACUGAAAGGGGCCUUUUGUUGCUUUUUAAUGACCAUUUUGAUAUCUGCCAUGUGGAUUUCCUCUGUACUGAAUCAGCAGGACCAGUUCAGAGAAGCCCUAUAUCAAAGGUCUUAUUUUAUUCCUAUUAGAGAAAGAAAUUUACACUAAGUAUGAAUUUGUACACCCCUUCCUCACUCCUUUCAGAGGCCCUGGUCUAGAAGUGUGACUUCACCUCUUAGUAAGCAUUUAGUCAUCUGUUUUAUAAAAAGAGGAUGUAGAUAGAGGAAUGUGAGAAAGGAAACUCGCUUCACUAUCUGAUGUUCAGAAACAGACAGUCUGACCACUUUUUCUGGACGUGUGCCUGUCAGCCGGGGCAUUGUUUCUCCAGGGUUCAAACUGACGCCACUGGAAAGGAUGCUUUUAAAAUGAGAGAUAACAGCAACAGUCAUGACCUGUUACGUGACAUAUGGGAAUACGUGUGGAAGUCAGUUUUGUUUUUGUUUUUUACACAUUUUGAUUCACAGAUAGUGGGCUAAAAAUAGAUACAGCCCUUCUUAAGGAGGUUAUUAUUCUCUGAAUCACCAUGGGAACAGUUACCUGUCACCUAUGCCUUUGUCAAAUCACUGAGAUCAAUAGAAAUCACAUAAUCCCAGAAAGAUAUUCUGUAUAAUAAUUUUGAUUUCCCUGAAAAUUAUCAGAGGAUUGAUUUCAUUCCCUGGAGGGACUCCAAAGGCUCUCCCUCCUUGUUCUAUAAAACAAACAUGUUAUGUCACCAGCAGCUCGGGAGCCUUUCCUCCCUCCACCCUUGCUGUAUUUGGGUCUCUGGUUUCCUUCGUGAUUUCCAGGGUAGCGCACUGACACGUGAGGGGCCUGUGGCGAGUAAAUUGUUGAUGACGCUGCCUCAAAGGAAUGUUUGAGGGGAAGAGCAGGCGGUCCAGUUUUUUGAGUCCAGACUGUCCUCUUCUUCUGUGGGAAGAAAAGUAACACAUCCUCCUUCUUGUCUAAGCUCAAGCUGGCAUGUCUGGCUGAACUGUAACAAUAAUGGAUACAGGAGCAGCUGCCAGAGCUCAGGUCUAUAUCUAGAUAACUGGCUAAAACUCCUUGUACCCCUCACUGCAGCUGAUGUGCUUCAUUUACUGGUUGUCUGACCUCCCUACACGGAACCCUUACAGUCUCUUUUUGGAUUAUGAAAACUCCUCAAAAGGAGUGUCGGGGGCAGCUGCUGCAACCCCUUACCCACAUCAAAUAUGCACAUGGGCUCUUUCCAGAUGUGUUUAAUCACUUCCUAAAACGUGUCAUGCUGGUUCACAAAGAUCACAGAGUUUAUGAGCUCACCAGAAAAGAGGAACAAGCGUCUUGUGAAGUGUCAAGUCUGCAAAAAGGAAGGAAGAUGGAAAAAGUGCUCAAACACGGGUUAGAAAAUCAAGAGCCAGGUGACAGCAGACAGCUGUGAUCCAUAGGGGCAUUGGCGACAUUUUUUUUCCACACAUGGCUGUUAAUGAAUGAGUUAUGUUGGUAUUACGUGAAUUUGAUGAGCAGGAAGCUCUGGACACUUAACAUUUGGAUGUCAUCUCAGCGACUCGGUAAAAGAUGGGUGUUGGGCGCUGUGGUCAGUCAAUGUUUAACCGAGUAUAACACGACCUCAGACUGUCAAAAUGGCAUGGCCAGUCUGAUCUUGUUUUGUUUGGACUCUCCAAAACAGAGAGAUCUGUUGUUUUAUCUCCUCCGGUCAGGAACGAGGGGAAUGUUGAAUCUUGAUAUCCCUUGUCGUUAGCUCUGAGAUAAGAGGAGAAUGCACUGAGCCUGAUGCUACAUGCCUGAGGAUGCAAAUACUUUGGACCAAGUCAUGUGCAGCUUUGAACGUUUGUCCUACUUUCUAAGUCACGAGCGCUAACUUUUUUUUUUCACCUGUAUGAAAAUUUGUUUACAUUUGAAAAGCAUUCAAACCUUGUAAAACAUCUACACUUGUUUGUUUUUCUACUACAUUAUAAAAAAAUAUUCCUAAAAUCAGUCAAACCCAGAGAAAUCCAUUAUUUUAAUCGAAGUCAAAAUGCAUUUUAUUAGGCUAUCUGAUUCUGGGAAUACAUACAAAAACACUUGUUGAUAUCCUUGAGUGACAGCAGACCUGAUAAAACAGUUCAAGUCUGUUUUGUGUCUUGCAGUUGUGUUAAAUUUAUUAUAUUACAUGAAGAAAGUAAAACUCUUAAAUAGAGAUGCACUGAUCCAUUUAGUUCCGAUCCAAUCCGAAACUGAUACCUGGGCUGAGCGUAUCGGCUGAUAUCCGAUACCUUUACUCUUAAAACAUGACUUUCUGUAAGAUAAGUAUUCUUGGUCGGGGAUAGAUUUAUUUCAGUUGGUCGUUUAAUUAAGGAAACAAUUCCCAUAAUGCAACAUUUCUCGUCAAUACCAUUAUCAGACUUUCUUCAUUUGUCAUCGAGAGUACCUUUGCUGCAAAUAGGGACUACUUUUUGCCUCUCAGCUCACAAGCAUGUCUCCUUAACCUCCAGGUUGCUCUGACAUGGACAAAGAGAUGAUUCCAAAAUUUGCAUCAAAGGACGAGGAAGUCGACUACUGGAAGUCCCAGGCCCUCAAAUACAAGAAAAGGUAAGCAGUGUGAUGGAUCUAAUAUGUGUGAACUCAUGUGUCAGUUGCUGCAGCAUCUACCUGGAGCGCUUGUCCUGGUCUUUUUCUGUAUUUCUCCUCACCUCCCUUACAUUUGUUCUUUUUUGUUCAGCCUGUCCUUGGAGUGACUGAUUGAUUGAUUGGGAGGGAGGGUAGAGGGGGUGUCCCUCAGCCCACUGCUCUAAGAUGUGAUUAGGCAAACCCAGUAUUAAUCAUGAUUACUGGGUCAAUCAGACCACAACAGCAAUCAACAGAAACAAUCACCGUCAGAAUUAGUCAUGAGUAAUGGGCUAACUACCAGUUUUAUUGGCCAGUCAAAGAAAACAAAAAGCCCAAAAGAGCCUCCUGACAAAUCCCUGGACAGCCCAGCAGUGACUGUAGGAUAGUUUUCCUGCUGUGUUCUCAUCUUUUUCUCCAUUGAGUGUUUUACUGUUUGCCUACUUGCAAAUUAGGUUAUGUAAGAAUGUGUCAUAUUUUAUUCUUUGAUCCGCCUUGUAAAAGAUGUUGAUCCAAAUAUAAGAUGGCAGCAAUCCUCCAUUUGAUAGAACAACUUUUCAGACAACACUCCGAACUUCAAACAGCGGCACACCGACUUUGUCUGAUAAGCUGUCCUCUCUCUCUCUCUCGCUCUUAUGUAAUAAGAGGCAGAGUUUAAUUUGCUGAAUGUAGGGCUCUGCCUUUAGUGUAAACACUCAAUAAUUUCCAUUCAAACUUUUGGAAGGUUCAGCAAAGACAGCAUGUGUUUAACCAUUUAAGGAGAAUGACCAGACAAGUUUUUUCAAACCAGUGCCCACAGAGAGUUGCGGCUCACUCUGGAGGAAAUGACUAAAUCUCAGACUUCUUUCACAGAGACCACAACCUACUGUAUGUUGUAAUAGGCAGCAGUUUCGCAUGUGUUUGCUGUUUGAACUCGGUCUUUACUUAUAUUUUUGGAGUUAGAGGAACAUUAUCCUCUCAAAUUACCUGUUAAACGCUGCACACAGUGGGUUAAAAGUCCUGGUGGUUUUCUGAGAAAUUCCUACUGUGGGUACUGAGGGGGAAACUUCCACUCAUGGAAAAAACAACACCAAGUUUUCUAAGUAGUCUCACGCAGGAUUUUGGAGGAGGCAGAGGCAGCAUGCACUGUGUUAAUAAGUCACCUAUUGAAAAGAUAUCUCCAUGACAUAAUAUGUUGAACUUUGCUGUCUUGCAGUUGGCCAUCAUCAGUAAAUAACAUGUGCUUCCUAGGUUACCACAUUGAGUGUUAAAGGGAUAUUCCGCUGUAAAAUUAAGUUAGGGUCAAACACACUGUAACACCGAGUUAAAAACCCCUCAAGAGAGGAAUGUUGCCGACCACUUGCUUUUAUAAUUAUACCAACUUUACUGCACGAUAGCAGUGCACAGCGGUCCCAGGAGCCACGCGCUCAACCAAAAAGCCACUCUUAAGGUCCCUACACACUGGGACCGACGCAAAUAUCUGACGCGAAAUUACGAAAUAUUCGGAGGCGAAUUUUGACGCGCCUGACUAUACGCAUCAAGCCGACUUUCCGGGGGGAAAAAAAGACGCGUCCUGGUGGAAGCGAGAAGACUGCAACUCGUCGUCUCUCUUCCAGCAGCCGCUUGUUUGUACGGAGACCUUAGGCGAGUCCAUUAGCACAGCGGGGUGACACAGCUUAAGGAAGAACAUUGAUGAUUAAGUUCUGUUCUGAGCAUUAUUUGUGGCUAUGGAGUGGCUUUUGGGUUGAGUGCGUGGCUCCUGGGACUGCUGUGUAUUGCUAUCGUGCGGUCGUUACUGAAAUUGGUAUAACUAGAGAAGCAAGCGGUCGCAACAUUCAUCUCUCGAGGGGGUGUCUAACUCGGUGUUACAGUGUGUUUGACCCUAAACAAAUUUUACGCCAGAAUAUUCCUUUAACUUUCCUGCGCUGGAUGAUGUUCAUUUUAAUUCAACAUCAUGCCGACAGAUUAAAGUCAUUUAAACCAGGAAAAAUAAGAUAAGAUAAGAAACACUUUAUUGAUCCCUUAUUGGGGGUAAUUCACUUGUUACAACAGCUUCAGUCGGAGACAAAGGUGAGAGAGAGAGCGAGCAGGACUGUCAGAGAGAAAAGUUACAGGACGCAGCGGCAUGCUGAUGAAGCAGCCGCUGCCGUGUUGGUAUGUGUGGAACGACCCCGGGACAACAACUGAUUCAUGGACUCCAGAGCCACUGUGAGGCCAUUAUACCGGCACGAGUCAGCUGAUCUCAGAACAGUGUUAGCCCAAGUGACGUGUGUGUGCAAAAACGAAGUCAGAUGAGGAAAAAAUGCACUUCAAUGCAAACAACAGAUUAUCUUUAGGUUCUUCCUCCUACCCCUCAUAGGAAUGUUUACAUUAUCAGUUGUUGUGUGUGUUUUUGGAUAUCUACAUGGGGUUUGCCUUGACCUGAAGCAUACCAGCGUACACAUCCUGUUUCCUAACCCAUGUUCUCAUCCUGUUUCUGCACCCUCUCAUUUUCCUCGCACCUCUGACCUUUCACCCCUUCCACAGCUGAGGAAGCAGGCCUGUUUUUCUGGGCUUCUUCUAAACCACCUACUGUCACCGUACAGCUGUCUCUUCAGAGCUAUAUAUUUAGAGUCCUAAGUCGACACUGCUGAGGCGUGCACUUUCCUGUGCAGCAGAGGCAGAGAUGAAGGUUAAAAAUGUACAAAUAUGUGACUGUCUUUUUUAAUGCGGGUUUAUUUCUGGCCACUGGAGAUAAAGCUGCUGGAACAUACCUGAGCCCGGCUCAUCUUACAGGACAAAAGGCAGUCAGUUUUCUAGAACUCAUGCCAGCGUGGGGGUCAUUCGGUCAGGCAGCUUUACAGAAUGAAUGGCGCACAGUGAACAGGGUGCCCACAAAAUGACAGCGAUUGUAAACGUGUCUAUCUGUGUGCCACGCAGUUGCCAGGACGCCCAAGAGGAGCUGCAGGAGUUCCAGGAGGGAAGCCGGGAGCUGGAGGCGGAGUUAGAGGCGCAGCUCGGACAGGCUGAACACCGCCUUCGAGACCUCCAAAGUGAAAAUGAGCGAGUGAAGAACGAGGUGGCAAACCUCAAGGUAACUAAAUCCUGGUGACUUCCUUUGUAGCAUGCUAUUAGAAAAGGUUUGUCUCUAAGGAUGACGAUAAAGCAAUGUGCAGCUACUUCAGAGGUUAUCUGAUCCCUGUUGGAUCCCGAGGACAAGGUCCACUGUCUUAUUUGUAAGUCUGGUGUUAUUAAAGUACGCUCUUAGGUAAUCCCACAGCACUUCUAAAUUGGAUGUCAGGAUUAGAAGUAAAAAAAUAGAUAAGUCUUGUUCUUGGUCUCUGCAGGCAUGAAUGGUACUCCUGUGAUCAAAAUAACUGUGUUUACAAGCAGGAGAACUACUGCGGCUGCCACAGCAGAUAGGGAUUAUGAUUUUACACAUGGUCUAACAUUUUAGUUCACUAAAAUGAACCGUGGUAGUCACCCAGAGAGAUCAUGAAUCAUGCUUUCCUCUCAUUGUGCCUCUGGGGCCACCACACAGGCACGCAGCACCGCCACAUAUGGCUCUGUGAAGUACCAAAGAGCAAACAAGCCGCUGGGCCUCCCCCAGGGGAACAAAGAGACUAUUUGAAAGUGAAAUAAUGCGGAAGAACAUCUUUAUUUCUUGUGAUUCAUCAGGCAAUAAACAUCUAAAGACUACUUUUGUUGUAAAAGACUAUUAUAAAGUAUAUAAAACGGAACUUUAAAAGUGCAGGCCUCAGCAAGGAUGUUUAGGGUGGAACAAUAGGUCAGUUUGAUGUCCUUGUUUAUCUACACACACUCACUCUCUCUCUCUCUACCUCUUUCAGGAGAAGCUGGAGCAGCAGUAUUCCCAGAGUUAUAAGCAGAUUUCUAUGCUGGAGGAUGACCUGGGUCAGACACGCAGCAUUAAGGAACAGCUACACAAAUAUGUCAGAGAGCUCGAGCAGGCCAACGAUGACCUUGAGAGAGCCAAGAGGUCAGACUCAAAGAGAAUAUAUGCCUCUGUAUUCACUCCUAAAAUAUAGAGAAGUGAUGUUAAACAGGCAGAUUAGACAGUCUUAUUUACCUCAUGUCUUGAACAUGCGUGUGCAGGGCAACGAUAGUGUCUCUCGAGGACUUUGAGGGCCGUUUAAACCAGGCCAUUGAGAGAAACGCCUUCCUGGAGAGUGAACUGGAUGAGAAGGAGUCGCUCCUGGUGUCUGUGCAGCGGCUGAAGGAUGAAGCAAGAGGUAAAGACAAAGCACAGAUGAUGCCAUAGCACCACUUUAUCGCAUAUAUUCAAUGAGAGAGAAUUUCACGAGUCUGAAUCUUUGUUUUCUGCAGACCUGAGGCAGGAGCUGGCCGUGCGAGAGCGGACUACAGACAGGAUGUCUGCACCCAGCUCACCCACCUUGGAUAUUGACAAGAUGGAUUCUGCCGUACAGGCGUCUUUAUCUCUCCCAGCCACACCUGUAGGAAAGAACAUGGAGCACCCUUUUAUCACCUCAAAAGGUCAGUGUUAACUUAGAUCGCAGUUCGAUUGCAAAUAUCAAACCUCCUCUUCUGUAGAAACUAAUUUCUUCUGUGCUUUUGCAGCAUUGACCAAUGGUGUUGGCAACUCGUCCCUCACACCGUCUGCUAGAAUCUCAGCACUUAAUAUCGUUGGUGACCUCCUGAGGAAAGUCGGGGUAGGUAGAUGAUGAUAAACUAGGUCAGAGCAGCGAAAGAUCUGCGUGUCCCUGACUACUGGAUACACAGAGGGAUGUUUGUGAUGAUAAUAAUAACAGCUCAUCUUUCUUGACUUUGUGAUUAGGCUCUGGAGUCCAAACUUGCCGCCUGCAGGAACUUUGCCAAAGACCAGGCCGCGAGGAAAACGUUCGCCAAAGACAACGGCACACUUAUCAACAGCAACGCCACCAAGUUCUCUCACUCUCUACACACGACUUACUUUGAUAAAACGUGAGUGUUUGUAGCAGCUCCUCCUGCCUGGUUUUAUUCAAAUGAACCCCAUUAACAUGUAUGUUAAUGUUGUAAACCCUCUGGCAGGACUGUUAAUGGAUUGGACCCCAGCUCGUUGACCUCCAUGGCAGCAUCCAGGGCUGUGCCCCCACCAGGCAUGCUGCCUCUGAGUGUGUGAGGCCUCCCCACGCCACAUUAACCUCCACCAAAUACAACGUGGGAACAGAGAGGACACUUGAAAGACCAUUACAUUGUGUGCUGAGCAUGUAUAUGUGUGUGUGUGUGUGUGAGAGAAAGAGUGUUUGACAGAAAGAGUGAUGUGUGUGUGUGUGUUUGUUUGGGAUUGUGCAUUUCCGAACGUGUCGCGUGAAACAGAGGCUCGACUUUACCGUGACCUUGCCCCCAGGUUGCAGCUCUAAAUGCAUCUGUGAGUAGGUGCACAGUUGUGUGUGCAGAUGUUCCUACCACAUACUUGCAUGUGCCUAAAGCUGUACUGUGCUUGUAUGAAUGUCACUGCAAAUGCAUUACUCUCUGGAUGUCAACUCUGAAAAUUGACACCUUUAUACUCUAAGUUCUACUGUUCCUCUUCAAACUACUAUCCUGGCACCUGACAAAAGGUCUCUAACAGACCAUAGCUUCCUCUUCUUUUUCCUCCUUUUGUUUUCUCUUAAAUUGCACAGCUAAGCUUAUUUGAAUUCAGAAUGUAUUAUAUUUAAAAAGGGAUGUGUUAUUAUUUACUAAUUUAUCUAUCUAUCUAUCACAGUAUGCUUUAAAUGCAAUGUUUUUAUUUGCUAUUUCCUUGCAUGUGUGCAUAUGUAACACAGGGUUUAUGGAGGUGAAGUGGGACCCUGUGUUUAUGACUGAAGUGAAUGUUGAUCGUUCAAAGCCAUGUAGCCAUGGUGCGGUUCUUCUUGUUACUGGCUACUGCUUUCUUAUUACUUUUUUUUUUUUUAUCCGUUUUGUUAAAGUUCAGUUAUAUCAGCUGGUUCUGUCCUCUGGGUUAAACCUGCACUUAAACAAACUGAUCCUCACUGGUUUAGUUGCAGGCGAGUAUUUUCCGUCUGUGGACAUCUGUUGAUAUUCUGAGGGAACAGUUUUGCCUUUUUUUUUUUUUAUGUUUAAUGUAUUUUUAUUUUAUUUUUUUUUACCUUGUGACUGGCUCAUUUACCUCAUUCUGAUGUUAUGGCAAAGACUCGUGGUGGAUUUGUAAUGCUAGCAGGCUAAGCUUUGGUUUAUUUAUAAAGGAUACUCAAACAAAAUGUAACUGACACUAGGAUCUGGAGUACAUGAUCCUCUGAGGCCUUUGUGUCAGGCAACACAUUGGCUAAACAUCUCUUUAACUUGACUCUAGAUGGUUUAAAGAUUGGCCAGUAGGAAUGCUUUUAUUUUGAAUCACAUAAGUUCAUUUUGGCCUCUAAAAUAGCCCUCUCAUAGGUUUUUGUCUCGACAUCUUGAAGCCUUUAGUGUUCACUUUUCUUUGAUAAUAUUUGAGAUGUCAUCUGGGCACUCUGUGAACCUGUUACUAAAGCUUGUUCUACAGCAAGUGUGUAUAGCUUGUAAGGACGGUAAUUUGUACAUACAAGACUUUGGCAUUAAGGUCCUAUUUAUUUCAGAUUCUGUAAUGGCAUGUCAAAAUUAUAAAUGGUUAAAACCAUCUCAUAAAGAUAUCAAAAUGUUUGUCAGAACUGUUUAAGUAAAUAAAAGUUGAAAUGAA